AUGGCAUCUGUCGGUGUUGUGUUUCUGUGCCUGGUGUUCCUCAUCUCCAUUAUCACUGUUUCUUGUAGUCCAUAUCCUGGUGAUCACGCCAAAAUCCGCAUUCAUGUCCCCGUGAAGCAUCACACACACUUCAUCACGAAGACGCUGGUGAAGAAGAUUCUGGUGCCCGUGAAGGAGCCGAAGAAGCACCACAGCCACAGGCACUACCGUGACGAUGAUGAGGACGAGUGGCUGGAUCGCGGCGAUCGAGGAUCGCGAGGAGGCUACCACUAUCCCAGUCCAAAGAAGAAGAAGUUCCACCCCUUCAUCUAA